UGCCCAUCCCACACGAUUUGAUUUAUAGAUUCUCUUUAGUCCACAGUGGGUUGUCUUAGGAGAAGAGAGGGAAGAGCACUCCAAUGAAACGCCAAUUCACAUUCUCAAUGAGUGAUGGAUGACCAGGCUCAGUUAGGAAAUUUAGAUGAAGAUGGAUAUACUCAAUUAGAUUUCAGGUCCCGAAGCAGCGCCAGACCUGUGGCUUCCAAAAAAGUGGAAAAACCGGAUGGCGCAAGAGGAGCUUGUGCUGUAUCUCUUCCUUGGCGUGUUAUUGCUGUGACUUUGGGAAUCCUGUGCUUGGUAAUAGUGGUGAUAGCUGUGGUGCUGGGUGUCACAGCUACUUGGAGAUCCAACUCAGGGAACCUCCCAGCAGAGAGUGGCCAGUUUCCACCGAGAAAUAAAGAGAAACAACAGCAACCCACACAGUCAUCUUCAGAAGACAGCAUGCCUCCUACCAGGACUCUCCCAAGCACAGGAUUCAGUAAUUGUCCCCCUGAGUGGAUCAUAUAUGAGAACAGCUGUUACCUACUCAGCACACCUUUAACUUCCUGGAACAAAAGCAGAAACCACUGCUUACUACUGGGCUCUAAUCUCCUGAAGAUAGACAGUUCUGGAGAACUGCAAUUUAUAGUAGAGCAAGUGUCUUCCCAACCUGAUCAGUCAUUUUGGAUAGGACUUUCUCGUCAUCAGAAAGAUGGACCGUGGCUGUGGGAGGAUGGUUCAACGGUCUCCCCUUCCUUGUUUCAAGUCACAAGUACAGAGACCCAGGAAAAUAUCUCUCACAACUGUGUAUGGAUUCACACAUCAAUCUUUUAUGACCAACUCUGCAAUGUGUCCUCACACAGUAUUUGUGAAAAGCGACUAUCAAAAUAUUGAUGUGUACGUAGGGGAGGAGGCUGGCCUAGAGGAACAGACAAGUAUGUAAGAUAGAAGAGAGGGUAGAAAACAAAACAGAAAAGAUUCACAUUAGUGGCCAAAAUAGGUUCUGAAAAUAUCAAGAAAACUCAGUCAGCUUUAAUCUUCACUGAGACACAAGAUGCAAAGACUGUGAUUUUUGCAUCUAUCGACUCUACUGGUAGGUCUACAUAUGGAACCAGGGGGCUGUACUUGAAUUUCCAUUCUACCCUUGAGUAAAUGCCCUUACGUGUUUACCUGGGAUUAACCACAAAUCCUUGGUAUUCAGAGGGAUCUUAAUGUUUGGUUAUUUUUUUGUCUUCAAAUCAUGUCACUGGAAUGUAGUUUCUCUGUUUCCAGCAGUAAGUCAGACACAGGCAAAAAGCAAAAUAUAUGUCUGAAUAACUAAAUGAAGAAUGAAAAAAAAACUUCAUGAAAUCAUAGUUUUUAUUUUUUUUAAUCGGGGCAACCAUGGUUGUGUUCAAAAUUUCAUUAAAAAGUAGCAACUCUAUCUUGUUUUCUCAAUUAAGUAAUCCAAAAAGUAUCAGUGCCUUCCAUAAUAGGAUCUGGUAAAAUGUGAUAUUGUAGAGAAACCACUCUUGGAAGAAAGAUUUUAUUUUGAAUAUGUUGUCCAUCAAAAGGAGAUCUGGUAAUGAGUGUAAAAAAGUAACCAAGUCUAUUGACAGAAGUACUAACAUUUUGAAUUUAUUGAUUUUUAUGAUUACCUUUUGGCAAUUUUAAUAAUUCUUCAGUCAGUAAUUUCUGUAAAAAUGUAUUAUGGUAACCUAACUCUUUCCUCAUGUCAUGAUUUGCUUCUUAUUUUCUCAAACUUUCCCAUUGGUGCUGUUAUUAUUUCCAAUGGAGAUUUCCAUUGGAAAGGCAUUCACAGCCUUCCCAAGCUUAUUAAUAUAUGAACAGAAAUUGUAUUGAGGUCCCUGGCUUGUACACUUUUAAAUGAGUUUUCACAUGAGUUCACUUUAAUAAAGAAAAAAGUUUA